AUGGAACUUGGAGAAGCCGAGCCUCUCGAUAUGAUAUUACAUCCUUUCGAAAAGUGCCCAAACACCUUCAUGCCAAGGUGUUCAUACAACGGACAAUAUGGAAUUGUGAACAAUCUCAACUACUCGCAGAUUGCAAAGCUUAUGAAACGAAAAGAAAAACUGCAUGUCUUCUAUCCUGAUCAACCUCAGCACAAAGUAUCGCUGAAUUUGAUCGACUCUAGAGUGGGGACGCCUCAACACAGACUAGCUGUUUGUCCACCUCCACUUUCGCAAUUUGCUGUAUGGGCCAUUUUGCCGAGAUUUUUUGAGGUCCGUACCAAAAUGUACGAACACGACAAGACCAUCGAGAUUGAAAGAGUACCGUGGGGCUAUAUUCCAUUACCUGAAAACACUCCAGAAGAGGAAGACCCAAACAAGGAAGUACAUCGAGCUGAGCACGUGCUGGUUUGGAAUGACUGCAUUCUUCGUUCAAGAGGGAAGACAGAAUAUCUCGCCUUAGCCGACUUUGACGAGGUUUUUGUACUGUACAAUAACCAGUCAUUCCUCUCAUUCCUUGACAGCUUGCUGGAAAAGAAACCAAAAGCAGGAUCUUUUUCGUUUUUGAGUGUUUCAGCUUAUAUGCAGCAUACCUACUUGGACGCAACUGACCCAACACAGAUUCAAUUUAAUGAUCAUUACGAAUUUAAAGUUGAUAAUAAAGCUUUCCGACACGGAUCAAUGAGCAAGGUGGUAGUCAUCCCAGAAAGAGUAGAGUCUGAAGCAGUGCACGAAAGUUUAAGAAUGGAAAAACCAUUUACGGAACAUAUCGUUGACCCAAAAAUAGGCAAGCUUUUGCACCUAAGGUUGCGACCUAUGGAGAUGAUCGGCGAUUUGCUCAUUCCGACUACAGAUGUUGCAAAAUAUGUUCCGGCAUGGGACCGAAGAUAUAAGAAAAUUAUAAACGACGAAAUAGAAAGAUUAAAAAGUUCGACUGGGGCUGCAGAGUUGACCCUAAAGACUAAUCAAUGGAAAAAUAAUGGCUUCAAGGUAAUGCUAGAAGCGGACAAUUGUUUUGAAGCUCUGGAGAGUGAAGAUAAAGUAUGUCCAACGCGAUACAGAUGUCUUGCUCGUUUGCGAACUAUGAAGUACAACGAAUGGGUUCAUGGAGGAAGUAGCUGGGUUGCUUUGUAA